ACACACAUCAACUCUCAAAGAAAAGAGGAGGAGUAUACAGACACACACACACACACACUCGACACAUUAUCUGUUGGUGAUGGGUAACUCGUCUCGAAAAGGGGAAGGAGGCGAAGAGGGGGAGGAAGGGAAGGGGGAGGACGGCGAGAUGGAGAAAGUGAUCAAGAAGUCAGAAGAAGAGGAGGAGGAGGAGAAGGAGAAGGAGAAAGAAGAGGAGGACCAAGAGCUUCCCCUGGGCGUGGACGAGCUGCUGGCCAGCGGUGACCCCGUGCUCGACCUCAGCUACAGGAAGUUCCGGCGCCUUCCGCGGCAGGUGUGUGGGCUGGAGCACCUGGAGAAGCUGUACGUGUGCGGCAACCGUCUGCGGCGCCUGCCCGAGCGCAUCACGCAGCUGCAGCGCCUGCGCACGCUGGCCCUCGACUUCAACAAGAUGGAGGACGUGCCGCUCACCGUGUGCCAGCUGCUCAACCUCACCCGCCUCUACCUGGGCAGCAACCGCCUGGUGAGCCUGCCGCCCGAGCUGCGCAACCUGCAGGCGCUGCGAUGCCUCUGGGUGGAGAGCAACUACUUCAACCGCUUCCCCAAGCAGCUCUACGACCUGCCCCACCUGCGCUCGCUGCAGAUCGGGGAUAACCGCCUGCGCAGCCUGCCCUCUGACCUCUGGCGCAUGGAGGCCCUGCGGGGCCUGUGGGUCUACGGCAACCGCUUCGAGGAGUUCCCGCGAGUUCUGCUGCGGAUGGAGGGCCUGGAGAUCCUGGAUCUGGACAAAAACAAGAUCAGCCAGUUCCCGAGCCUGAGCCACCUGCCCAACCUGCGCCUCUUCUCCUACGACCACAACCCCACGGAGGGGCCGCCCAGGGUGGGCGAGGAGGUGUUCCUGGUGGGGGAGGGGGCGCAGGAGGAGCUGGAGGCGCGAGAGCGUCGCAUCGAGAGGAGGAGGCAACGGGAGAAGGACAAGGAGGAGGAGGAGGAGGCGGCGGCCGCGGCAGCUUCCGCCGGAUCGACCGAGGAGCCGGCCAUUCACGGGAUACUCAAGAACGCAGGCUCCGCCCCCGGCAGCAAAUCAACCAAUGGGGGCUGCGUGCCCAACGGACAUCCAACCACGGAUGGAGGAGGGGGAGGGGAGGGCAGAGAGGAGGAGCUGGGGGGGGAGUUUGGAGAGGGGGAACUGGAGUACGAGGAGGAGGGGCUAGAGUACGAGAGGGAGGAGUAUAUCUGUGAGGGGGAGGGGUUUGAGUAUGAGAGCAGGGCUCUUGAGUAUGAGAGGGCGGAGCUUGAUUAUGAAGAAUAUGAGGAGGAGGAGCCACCCCAGGUGCUGAGGAGAGGGACCUGACGUUAGGCUCCGCCUCCCUGACAUGGUGUCAUCCCUCUAAGAGGAAGCUGAUAAUGAGAAAAGUACACGGUUGUUCAGCCAAUCCCACGGCCCCACCUCGAUGUUCAGCCAAUCCCACGGCCCCACCUCGAUGCGCCGGGUUGACAGACAGACAACGGGGCGGAGCAAAGCAUGAUGGGAUGGCGUUGCUGUGGAUACAUGAGGGCUGAUCCUGUCUUUUAGAUUCAACUCAUUUUUAACCAGUAAAGGGCUGGAAGCUGCACAGAUGGUUCCUUUAAAGGACUCAAGGACAGUGUGUGUGUGUGUGUGUGUGUGUGUGUGUGUGUGUGUGUGUGUUUGUGUGCGUGUGUGUGUGUGUUAUGAGAUAAGUACACAGUGGCUGUAAGGCAACCCUGGCUUUGCUAUGUUGUGUGUUGGUGAAACCGAAUCUUGUCUCAUUAAAGAAUAAA